GUUGGAGAGGGAAUCUUUAGGAUGCGUUGCCCAAUCACGUAAGGAGUUAUUACCUGUGAUCAUGUUGUUGAGUUCCCUUUGCUAUUUGCCAGUAAUUCGACCAUGCUUGUAAGUGUAUGAUUUCUUUGUAGUACGUAGUUGACCCAUCUUCCGACAUUCCUUGAGCAAAAAAACAGUUUCAAAGAGAUAUGAUGUCUGCGGGUUCACAUUGGCAAGAGAAGGAUGUUGCUCUUUGGGCCCGAAGUUGGCUGGAGCGCACCUUCGGUCCCCAGGGUGUGCGGAUACCUCUUACUGUGUCCAGCCUCUCGUCGAAGCAGGAUGGGACAGCACCUAAAGCGGGACUGGACAGCGCGCCCCCCGACAUCGUUUUGUUAAGGCUCAUUAGUUAUCUUGGAGUCCUUCAGAGAAGAGCAAUUUUCGCUACUUAUUCUUGACAACUUGCUGUCGAUUCGGGAGAAAAAGGCACGAAGAAUGAGCUGUUUCUGUUGAAUCGAAUUUCGUGAGUAGCAACUCCGUUCUUAUUAGUUGGUUCGAAUGAUGUACCUCCACGAUAAUUCAUGGAGAAGCCAAUGGAGCUAAGCCUGUUCGCCCUCUAAAAACUUGGAUCUUUACACCCGUCUACGUCUAACUUGGAGCUUUAUCGGCUGCACUGCAAACGGUGACGCAACACUGCACUCAAAAAAGCAAGGGGCGCCACUGCAGGCCGUGUUUGAAUUCCAACUGUCAAUCGAUUGGAAAUGCAGUUGCGCUGUCGCAAACGGACGCGUAGAGGUCAAGGGCUGCUUCAGCGCGCGAGAGUUCGGAAGCGAGGACAUGGAGGAUUUCGAGCUGCUUAUGCAAUAAGAAAUUUUAUUUCAAAAGUAUUUGCUGCUUCGUCCCAGGCAUUGAUGAAAGAUGGUAGGCACAGUAAAUGAUUGUGAAGUCUGUCAGGCAUAUUUUUUCAAACAGUAGAUGAGCUAGUCCAGAAUUUCUCGAUCUAAAUUAGAAUGUAAUUGCGAUGAGCCGUCGAAGCAGGAAGCCGCGCUUUUCAGUGAUCCGGGGCUUUUCAAAUCCUUGGCACAACAAUUGCAUAGUGCGGUAAAAAAACAGGGCCUAAAGGAGGUGCGAAGUUUGCUGACGGAGAACUUCGUCAAGGAGAUGCUCGGUGAAGGUUCGCGAAACACAGAUUCUGGGGAGUAA